AUGAAACUAACCGGUAUGAUAUUAGAUACAGAAUUGGAAUUUGAUAUACAAAAAUUAGAAAGUCUUGGUUUAUCAUCACAAGAAGAACGUGUUCCAUGGAUAUUUUUCGCAACAUUUUCUAAUCAAUUACAACAAUUAGCAAAACAUGUCCUUUGUGAAGAUCAUAUUUUUUUCUAUGAGAGUGCAAAUGUCAAUGUAGCACAUACACAAUAG